CAAAAUAUGUCAGUGCGGCUGGUAACUGUUGUUUUGUUGUUAUAUAGUUUUGGUAAACAAUAAUUGUAUAACAAUAUAAAGUGCAUAUUUAUGAUCUUUAAAUAGAUAUAGUGAGUCACCAUGUACAAACUUGCCAUCACAUUUUGGACUAUAAUCGUGAUUUUGCAGCUAAGUUCAGUGGGUCUUGGAUUGAAGGAAUUGCCUCCAUAUUUUCCAAGAUGUAGAAGAUAUGACCCAAAUAUGGAGAAAUGUCUUAUCGAAGCUACGGAGCAACUUAAACCAUUCAUAGCAGAAGGAAUUAAAGGUUUGAUACCAGCAACCAAAAGGAUUGUUAUUCCAUUUGUAACAUUCGAACAAAGUGGGAAUAGGGCCUUUAAUUUUAAAGUUAAAGUAACAAAUUUGACGGUGCAUGGCAUGAAUAACUAUAAGUUUAAGAGAUAUAUGUUCGAUCCUAAAGAACUAACAUCUUACGUAGUUGUAGAUUGGCAACAUAUUUACCUAGAAGCAGAAUUUGAUUUGGUUGGAAAUUUAUUCUUUGCAAAUAUUAAAGGAGCUGGUAACUUAUACGUGAACAUAACGGAUACACAAAUCAGUACCAACAUAACGAUGAGAAUUGUUAAAAGAAAAGGCAUCGAAUACUUAGAAAAUACUAAAGUUGCAGCAAAAGUUCAGGUUGGCACUAUUGCCAGCUACAGUUUUGAUGGAGUAUUCAAGGAAAAUAAGGAUAAAGGUUCAUUAACAACUACGGUACUGAAAAAUAAUUUACGAGCCUUGAUUAACGAAACAGCUCCAGUAGUAGAACCAGCCCUUGCUACUUACUUAGAAAAGGCAAUGUCAAAACCCAUGGAAACCAUUCCAUAUAAUAAUAUAUUUCCAAUAUAAAAUGUACAGUUUUUUUAAAUAGAUAUACAAAACAUACAUAUAUAAAA